AAAAUAUAUUGAAAUUAAAAACAAAAUUCUAUAUGUUCUCUCUUGUGAAGUUAUCCUCUCACCAGUGUUCGAUCAGUUCAACAUGUAACACUCCUGAUCAACCACAAUUUGUACUAGAUCUUUCUCAUGGCAAAGUUAAUGAAGCUCACCUUAAUUGCUACCUCUUGUGUAACCCUGUGUGUUAUGCAAUGUACUAACAUGCAUACAGAACGUUGUAAACAGGGAUCCAUUUCAAGAAGAGAUUAUUAUAUUUUUACACCAUUGAGUGCACAGUGUUUGGCUGCUGCCUGCUUCAAAUUCCUGCCACUAAUGACUUGAGUGAGAGCAGAGAACUCUUAGCUUUGUGGAGGAAUGUGUGGAGAAACUUUGCUUUGUUCAUCCCAGAGUUGUGUGGAUGAAGAAGGUGUGAUUCUUUUAUGAGAGUUUAUGGUGGAAGCUGAACAUUGAGGAUAUUCCUUGACUACAUGUCCUACUCUCUGGGCAAAUGUCUGAACUCUGAUGCUGCUGUGAUGAUGGUGAUGUGGGCAUCAGUCAGCCGUCCAUGAUGAUAGUGACAGUGGUCAGUCUGCCCGUCACAGAUCACUACAGAUACUCCCACAGAGUGCUGAUGAAAAGAUAAGGAGCAUUAGUAAACAGCCCGGAUCCAAACCGGCGAGUCCAUCUGCCCCAGAGCCACUGCAGAGGGAGGGGGACAAUAUGGCAGAACGGCGCAUCCAACAACGCCAGGGUCGAAGGGAUCGCUUUCGAGGUAACGAAGGAGGACGAGGAGAUCAGCCAAGUAAAGCAGAAAUCAAACGCCGGUCUCGGAGUGAGGGGCCCACCAACAGGGUGACUCGUGAGAGACAACUUACAGAAGAAGGCAGGCAGGAUGACAAUUUCGCAUCAUAUGGGAAGAAAAAUGAGAAAAUUGUUGGUCCAAUAUGGGCAGUUACUCACAGUUCUACUGCCACACGGAUGUCACGGUAUUCACCACCCUUAUCAGAUGAUGGGAAUCAGAUUCAUGUGCAGGCUCAGAGACCAGCAGGAAGUGACUCAGACUCUAAUGAAAGUGACACAAAAGUGUGGACCAAAAAUCCUCUUGUUAUGAGGAAGACUAAGAGAACUGGAAAAAUAGAGAAACGCCAGUCGAACAGUGAAAAUGGGUUUUCAACAGGGAUACCAACACCUAUCAAAACUAAUCGUGAAAGUUUUGUGUACUGUGGUUCUCAAGACAAGGGGGAUAGUGGUGGUGGGGGGGGCAGUUUAAAAGGGAACAAAUACCAAAAGCUUGAAGAAUUAAGGCGGAAACGAAUUGACAUACAAAUGACAUCUGAUGAGGAAAACACUCCUGAGUCACGGAUAUCUCGACUCAGACAGCGUGCAAUUCAAAGUGGCCUUGGUAAACAGCCAAGACCAGAUAGUUUCAGACAAAGUGCAGUCAUACCAGGAAGUCCAACACAACAUUACUCCCCCAAAUCUCAAGGGGCUUUCUUCCAGAAUGGUUCAUCUGAUCCCAGAUCUGGCGGGACCUCCCAACAAACAGGGAAUCUAAGGUCCUCCAUCACACAGUCAUCUUACCAAGGCGUGAAUGGUGCUCCUUCAUCCUCUGCAUAUGGUUCACCGUAUGGAGCAAAGCCAACUAGUCAGAGUGGAGGCCAAAAUAGACAGCCUCUUAUUCGUCCUUUUGAUCCUAAAGGUUUUUCUGAUUCUGGGAUACCCACAAGGAUUGAUGCUCCAGCUAAUGCUAACAGGUUUUCCCAACACAAUGAGGUUCGUUCUCCUGUGACAAAGACUGCAGUGUACAACAGUUCCCCUGAGGUGGUCAAGCGGCCAUUUGACCGUCCCCGUGUGCCGUCUGUGGACUCUAUAUAUGAAGGAAGUAGCAACCAGCAGCCUGAGCUUCACUCGCCAGGCGUGGAUUAUAGCAGGAAAUUUGGUGCUGGUACUACCUACCAGAAUGUUGGCCAUGGUUUUGUGUUCAUGAGGCCAGCAAGCAGUGGGACAAUGGAGGUACCAAAAGGAGAAUUAGUUCAUGCGCCUGUGCGUCAAGGGCUAGGACAGAAAUCACCAUCAAACUUUAAUGAGGUGGUGGAGCUACGGUUGAAGACCAGUCGUCUCAUAGAUAGACCUCCUUCACAAAGUGUCCUCGAUCAGCAGAGGAAGUUACGAGCUAAUAUAGCAGCCAAUAGUGAUGACUCAUUAGAUGAACUAAUAGAGUCCAACAUUCAGUAUCUAGAAAGUGAGAUAGAAAGUGGACGUGCUAAGAAAGGCUCUGCAUCAGUGUCCAGAUCAGCCAGUUUACCAGAUCCGAGGAGGAGUUCUGGCCAUUAUACCAGUGUACGAUCAGGUCCCCUACAUUCUGGGGUCCUCCCUACAUCCUAUGCAUCUACCCAACAGCAAAGAACAACCCAUACUAUCCCCUCACAGCCCCAUAUAAAAGCUGGUAGUGAACUCAAGUACCAUAUCCCUAUUCCAGGGAAUCAGCCACAACCGCCUGACAUUCGGAUCGCAAGUGAGAACAGAUUUGAUUCUGGUGUUUAUUAUGGUAUUAGUCCAACUGCCCCCAACCAGAGAAAUAGUACCUCAUCUUCGUCAGGGUACUCCGCCUAUGGUAUCCCAUCAGAACGUAAACUAUCAUAUGAUAGUAGAUCAGUUAUACCUACCAGUGACAUCUCUAGAGAUGCCUUCUCCAAGUCCGACACACAGCUGAAUGCAGCUCCAGCAAUACCAUCAUUCAGGGAGGGUGCUCUGCAUCCAUCAUAUGUGCAUCCUAAGUCUAGUUCAGCAGACCAACUACAGCCGGAUGGAGCUGUCAUCUCAGACAGUUUGAACAUUCCUCACCUGGACCGUGGUAUGUUUUCAGAUGUUGAUUAUGACAUUGAAGUGUCAGAAAGAGUGAACAGGUGGGAAACAUACAUGAAAAAGAGGAGUGAUCCUGAUCUUGGAACCAUCCAAGAGAGGAAUGAGCAGGAUUUGCUGCCAAGAAACAUUCGUAGAUCAGUGUAUAUGGAGCAGAAACUUGAGAUACCACAGUCCCCAGUUGGCCCUGUGUCCCAGAGCUUCACCUGGAGUAAUCUGCGCACUCUCAAACCAUCCAGUUCUGACCCAAUGAUACACCUUGCUGCAGAUCCUCAGAUGAUAGCUCAGGAGACCAAGAGCUUAUUCCACCUGAUUAGAGAGCCAGUGUCAGGUGCCCAGUACCACACUACAAGUGCAGUGAGCACUUUCUAUCACGCACCAGUUCCACAGCUAGCUACUGGUGGUUUAUUGACUGCAGCAGAAUUGCGCGAACAAAUGCUAGCCAACAAACAGCCUGCUCUCCAGCCAGCUACCCAUGGUGUUCCAGCUAUUACUGCAAAUGGUGGGAAAUGUGUUUCUCGUUAUGAAGAAUUGGAGGAACUGAAAGAUGCUAAGAGUGACAGUGUAAGGGAUUUGUGUAGAAGGUUUGAUCUGGACUUUCAACUAGAUUCUGACAGUCAGCUUCAAGGACAGUUACCAUCAAAGCAUGAUGACGAUACUGACUGGUCAAAACUUAUAUCUGACCUAGAAGAUAAAAUCAAAGAAACAGAGGUUUGGUCUCCUAACAUGGAGAGCAACAAGGGAGAUAUGGUCAGCAUAGAAAGAGUGAAAGCAAGAACAUUACAAACAAUACCCUUCUCAGAGGACCCUUUCUGGAAAGAAAUCGAGGAAAUGACAAGUUUUGAAAAAAUGUUUAAUGGAACAGGUUUAGAUGACCCUCUAUCUUUUAGACAGCAUCAGCUUGAUUAUCCCCAUAGUCAGAGCUACACACUUCCCACCCAACCUCGUACUUCAGCUAGGGAUAGAAUGCAUAGGUCAAAGUCACUUUACACACCCAAUAUAACUCCUUUAACCAUUUCUGUAGAUAAAUAUAGUGCCCCCAGUGCGUUAGAUGAUGUCUUAGAUGACAUCAAAACAUCCCUUGAGAAACAAUCAAGCCCUAAAGUAAGGAAGGCUGGGGACAGCUCUGACUCACACAGGUCUUCUCCAGGCCCACCUUUCCCUGAGGUGAACAUCUCAAGCUCUUUGAGACCUAGAAUGUAUGCUGAUGUGUCCAGGAGCUACUGGGAUGAUACUCACCUGGGUGCAGCACCAAGUGUGGCCCCUGCUCCAGCUCCAGCUCCAGCUCCAGCUCCUGCUCAAGGUUUGUUGUUGACAUAUGCCGCUCAGCAGCCAGCCCAGCCUGUUCUUGGAAUGCAGGAGUACCCCAAUGUUGUGAAUGGCAACUAUCAGCUUGACCCUAAUAUACUCAAACAGAAACUGCUUAACACUGGUCUUGCGCAGGGCCAGCUUCUGAAGUCACCUGGACGCAUUCGACCCAAGCCGCCUCCUCCGCUUAUCAUACCACAAAGCUCCCAGCAGCCCCCCACCUUGUUCUCAGUAACCCAUCCUGCUCCGCUGAAGUCCCAGCCUGUACCACCCCGCAAUGUGCCUUCCUCUGAAGAAAAGAUUAAUCAGGUAAAUCAGUCUAUGGAGGAUCUGAGACAAAUUGCUAAAGAUGUUGAAAGUAAAAUUAAUCAAAUAAAAACCAAACUAGUUAGAGCUGAUGAAAAGAACCUUGAUAAAAUUUUGCUGGCCCUUAGAAAGUUUGCUCCAGCAGCAAGUCCAAAAUCAUUUGAACCUCGUAAUGAAUCUUUUCAAGAUUUUUAUGUGAAAAAAAAGUCCAAACUGUCAGAUGCCCUAACCGAACUUGAACGCAUUUACAAGAGUUUGAAUCUUGAUGAUGAAAGUCUGCUGGAUAGGGCAGAGAGAAGGGACUACCCAUCCUACAGGUCACAGGGACCACCUCAGGCUCCUAGUAUUACAGAGAGACCUGAGCAGAAGAUUGAAACCAGCAGUAUCUCCUUCCAAGUUGCAAAACCAGACAGAUUUAGUGGCAAAGAACCUGAAAGAAAGUCUGAGGCAGACUAUGAGGCCAUCUCAAAGUCAUUUCAGGCCAUACUUGAUGAAGUGAAUCAGACGUCAGCUGUCAUAGCAGGGCCCAGCAGGAUGCAGACAUCUCCAGGUAAUAUUGUGCCCAGGUUUAACUACCCUCCUCAAACAGGACCAAGUCCCGAGCCAGUAAGGAAAAUAUCGGCACCACAGAUGUCUCCAGUAUCAUCCAUAAAUUUUCAGCCAAAGCCUGAAGUUGCUGUCAGUCCAGAUCCACAAAGAAAAACCUUAAUGAGAACUGGCAUUCCUCGACCUUUGAACCUUCCAGUGGUAAGUCCUGACCCAGGCAGGAAGGCUCUGGCCCUCAUGUCAACAACAGCCAAGGUCGUUCAGCCAGGAACACAACGCACUGUCACACAGGAACCCCUGAUACCACGACAACUAGCACAAGAGCCUCUCAUAGGGAAGUCAGGGAAAGCUAUGGUUCCAAUUCCCAAGAAGGGUAGUAGUUUAGAUGAACCACAAAGGCAUAAUUUGUCGGCAAAUGUGAGUAAGUUGAUGACUCAGAGUGGGAUUCCCCCUGAAACUCAAAGUCAGAGUGUUUCAAUCGUGCUGAAGUCCCCUGGAGCACCAUCAACAAGCAGCUCCCAGCCUGCCAUGUCGGUCAGCUCCUCCCAGACACCCCAAGCAGUAGCUCCUAGAGACAGAAAGGCACGCGGCAGGUUUCGCUCCAAGAAUCCUGAUUUGGUGGAUGAUGAUGUAGCCAUUAGGAAAGCCAGGUCCAAGUCAACCCCACGAGCAGAGACACAGUCAACAGGAGUGUCUCCUACAACAGCUGAUUACCUCAAGCCAAGGGAAUCAUCACCACCUCAGUCACAUCUCAGACUUCGACCAGAGAAAGAUGCCGACAUUAUGCAUGAUGACCUGGCUUAUCGUUCUCUGCGCAAGGAUGUUGCCACAGAAACACCGAAACAAACAACAGCAACAUCAACAGUGGAAUUUCAGAUAAAGCAGCCAGCAACGCCACCAUCACUUGCAAAAUUUGAAAAGCCCUUUGACAUCCAUGCUGCUAAAGUGAGUGAGAAGAAACCUCCUUCACCCCAUGGUUCUCCCAAACAGCGGACAGUGGAGACCCAGACAUCAUCACAGGAACUGAAGAAGAAAACUCUUCGUGGUCGACAUCCUCAUCUAAAGAAUGAUGCCUCCAGCUCGGAGAGCUCAGAUAGUAAACGUCGGCCGGCUAAGAUAGGUCGAGGAAUUGCCAGAAUGGUUGAAAUUUUUAGCUCAAGUGAUGAGGAAAAGAGUCGGAAAUCCAAACCCCUUCAUACUCGAAGUGCUCCUGACUUGACUCUAGCCUUCACUGAUGAUGAUGAUCUGGAUCUGAAAGAUGAGUCGAGAGAAAGUGAUAUUGGUUCUAAAACGCUGGGGCACGUUAAGACACCGAUGGAUGUGAGUGUUUCAGACAAAGUUGUGAGCAGUGAAACAUCCGAGGUUUCCACUCCCACAUCUCCCAGUGCUAAACCUCCCGUCCACCCGCUGAAGAAGCAAGCUGCCAGCCCCGAGAAGACAGUUGUCGUUCCAGAGCAGAAAGUCGUGAAAGAUGUGAGUGGGAAGAGUGAGGUAGACAAUUUGGAAAAAGUAUUUGUGUCAAGUAGAGGUAAGCGUGGUAAAUCAGCUGAAAGAGGAGCAGAGAGUGAUAGUGCUAUUCUAGAAAAGCCUGAGAGACCAAAGAGUUUCCAUGAACUACUGGCAUCAUUUGAGCCAAAUACGAAUCGCCUCCAGCGACUGAAGACAUUACGGAAGUGUGCAUCUGAAGAUAUCGUGAUGCCCGAGACUGUGGUGCAGCGGACAUACCACUCCCAGCCCUACCACUCCGAGCCGCACCUGGCAGAGCAGCGAGAGAAGGCACCAACCAGAGAAGGUAGAGCUUGUCUAAAAGUUCAGUUGACUGUAGUGGGAUAGUGUAACAAUAACAUCACCAGUACACUGUCACGGGCACAUGACUCUAGUAACCAGAUUCAUUGAAGACAUUCAUGUCACUUUGUUUUUUAAUCUAACAGUGCUCUUCUUUAUAUCCAUAUAUUCACAUGCAGGUUGUGAUUUUCAAAAUAUUGAUUUUCCUUUGUUAUUAUUUAUUGAAAGUUAUGUGGUUUUGUGUGAAACAGCAUUGUACUGUAUUCUAGAUAUUGAUGUAUUGGAGACUUCCUGUCUGUAUGUAUGCUGUUUAUGUGCAUGUGUACCACAACACAGGAUACAUUCACUACACAAACUGCGUCUUUUGAAUGACUGACUCAAGUUCAGUUUUUGUGGAUCAUACUACUUGUGUGAAUUGGUAUUACAAUCACCAUAGAUAUAUGCCAUCUUCCUGGUGCCAAUGGUGGACCUAAUGCCUGAGAUUACAUCACAGAGAGUGGUGGGUUAAUGAGAUGUGUAGAUCAGUGAAGCCAAUGCAUAAAUAGAGACAUGUAUCGGGUGUUGUGGUAUACAUCAGAUUGGACAGUGUUUAUGUCUAACACCAUGUGGUGACUCAUGUGGGGGGAACUGAUGAUCACGGACUUGUGUCAUUCAAGCGGGGAGGGGUUGGUGGUGCUGCCAACAUCAGAUAACAGCUGAACCCUGUUCUAAAAAAUUAUCAGUACAGAACUGUUAACUGAUCUUUAAGUAGCAUAUUUAUCUUCUGUUUUGAAAGAUUUCUUUUGAGGUUAAUUUUUCAAUUUUAAAUAAACACUUUGUGGGAAAGGUGGGCCACGUGAUCAUCAGAGGUCGCCCAGUAAGGUACAUCAUAUGGAGGAGGGUAUCAGGUGUUGAUGGUGUCCUGCUUCUUUCAGAGGUUCGCAGCUGGAGGCUAGCUGUGCCUUAACAUUCAAAGGGUAAAUCUGGUUGGCUCAUAUGAGACCUUGGUGUCAUUGACUGGCUGAGAGUGUUGUUUCAUAUGAAAUUAGGCUUUAAAUGUGGCAGUUAAUUCACCUAGACUGUUUAUAGAUUGUAGACAAGUCAUUGAGUAACAGCAUAUGCUUCCACACUAACAGCGUUAUGAAUAAUUCUCACUGACACAUGCAGAAGGGGUGUGCUGUCACAGAAGGUGCUGUUAUAAAGUAUUCUGUGUGCAACAUUCACAUCAACACUCUUCUACAUUCAACUUUCUCACUCAACCUCAUAAGCAGUUUAACUAAUACUCCAGAAUAGGCUGAGUUGUAUCUCCUUAAAAUUACGAGUGAGUGUUGUUUUCCAAUGAUGAUGCUGGUAUUAUAAGAACAUUAUAUUACAUGCAAAAUGCAAAACAAAGAACAGUUUAUUAAGGUUUUAUAUGUGAUUUACUUUGAUGUAAGUGUGCAAGAAAGAACUUACAAUGUUUUGUAGAAUACUUGCUUUUUUUUUGUUGUGAAUUGUGUUGCUUUUGAUGUUGUGUAGAAAUAAAAGGAAACAAUAUUUCACUGUAGUUGGGUUUUUUGCUGUUGCAUGUUGUGACAUUUUAAUGUGUUCGUACCCAUAUUUAAGCACCUAACUUUAGCACACAUCAUGUGCUGAUUGUUUCUGUAAUGCAUGCUACAUUUGUGUAGGCAGCCGUAAGCUGAAUCAGAGUAAUAUUCAGUCAGAUUGAUUAUCAAUAUUGCUUCUCAGGAAAUGAUAACGUUGAUAUAUAGAAAAUAUAAAGCGUGUUUUUGGCAUGCAUUAAAUCCAUGAUUUCAAUAUUCUGUUUGUGCCUAAAUGGUGAAUGAGGCUAUAAGUGUUUUGUUUGGCGUUCCAUCCCCAAUUAUGUAGCAACAGUUUUGAUGACUUAUUGACUAUUUUUGUUCUUUGUAGGAGCUGCGAUGUCCCCUGCAUCUAGGAAUGUCGUCUGCACAGCUCAGUCUCGCAUGAACUUUAAGUCAGAACUGGUUCUCAGAGUCGGCAUGUGUACACUUUGAGUGAGUGAAUGUUCUGUAGGCUGAGGCGUAACGCAAGAAAUAUAUCCUGGUGUUUUGAUGAAUAGAAUGAAAGCAGCAGUAUCUUCAGUAUUGUCCUACUCACAUCCUCAACACUUCACAGGCUAUUGUACAUAAUGUUCCGGCCUCCAUCACCAUCAAUACGUACAGCUGCUUUGCGGUGUAGUCGCUAUUUUCAGCAACAAAUCAAGCCAAGGUUUGUUCCAGCGAGGGGGAAGCCAGGUGCGCUGACCAACAAGUGUCAGAUUACCUCAGCAAUGUUUCUCAUGCCAUGUGUGCCACAGCCUUGUGGUCAUUGCUUCAACAUCAGGCAACAGUAGGGUUAGCACAAAGCUAAUGCAAGGUACGUGUCACAUGAGAUUUGUGUGACAUCUACACUGACUUUGUCAUUACCUGAAUAGGCAUGCAUCACUAUUACACUGCAUAGCAGCCAUGUGUAUUCAUGAGGGAUGGAGAAACUAAAUGAGUAGGUACUGUACUGUUUUGAGGUAUCGUUAUUCGGGAUCACAAAUGGUGGAGACCUGGAACACAGAAGAGAAAACAGUGUAAAUUCUACACCUGAUUUUAUAAUGUAAAUGAACAUUAUCUUGCCGGAACAUGGUGUAUAUACAGCCCAUGAAGGAUUGAAGAUGCAUAUUUAAGUGAACUCUUUUUUGUCAUUUGAAUUAAGCCAUUGUAAGUGUUUAGUGGUUGUGUUAUUUGAACACAAUGAAGUGAGAUAGGUCCCUCAUCAGUCGGUCUGAUGACAACACACACAGUUGGUGGGGUGGAUUUUGAACCAUCAGCAACAUCAUAUGUAUGCAAGCUCUAAAAUUGUCUCCCCUUGUUCAGACAACAUUCACUCAAUGAAAGGGACAUAACUCUGUAUGAGCCAGGUCUGACUGUCCUUCCAUAGAGCAAUAACUAUGUAUAUACAUAUAUAUACACUCACAGUGUUACAUUUUGGACUUCGUUAGUUCUUUUGCCUAGGACAUCCAGUCAGGUUGGAUGGUAGUGGCGACAGAAUAUUACACUCUGAUGUUUAAAGUAAAAUGAUACUCUAAUGUUUGUAGAUAUUCAGUGUGAAUGUACCAUUUUACUCAUCUAUUUGACAUACUUUAUGUCUUUGUAUCUUCUUUCUUGUUUAUGUUUUUUAGCUCUCCUAUGUCAGUAGUCAGGUGUUUCAUCUUCAUAACACUUAAUCUCUGUUGACAAAGAAAUGUAUUGUGUUUUCAAGGCCUUGAUGAUGUAGAGGCUGAUGUCACUUUAACCCUGUUCUUAUUGUGCAACAUCUUUUCUUCAGAUAUAAAGUUGUCUGAAUAACAUUUCUCUGAAGACAAUGAUGAAUUAUUUCUGGCUGUGUGAAUUAUUUAUUAUUCAAUACGAACCAUACAUAGUUAUAAAGUUAGCAAAUAGUUUUAUUUCUCUAUAAGUUUUCAGAACAGCUAUUUGGCUGUGACAUUAGCAAUCCCACAACUAUAUAGUUAUUUUAGAAGUUGGAUCAACCAGUUAUUUGCUAUAUUGAGAUAAUAUAUACUGUAAGAUGUGUGAUAUAUAAGCAUAUGCCUGUAAUGUAUUACAUGUAAAGUGGUGUAUACAGUCAUGUAUUGUAUGUUAAGGUGGUGUAUAACCUGUUUGUUGUGCAGUCAGUUACACUGCAGUAUGUACCACAAGGUCAUGAGUGUGCCAAAUUGGAUCCAUGUAGACAUGGAUCAGGGCUUUUUGGCUUAAUUGCUUCUUGGAGCAACUGUACAUUUAUGUAUAAAUUGUUAUGAAGUCAAACAUCUAUGAGGAAUUGAUGUUCUGGUUGUGGCUUUUGGUGAUUUGGCCUGCAGAACUACAAGUGCAAUAAUGUAUCAACAGCUAUAAUCCCCAAGUGCCAUGUUUGUCUGCCCAGACACUGAUGAGGAACCUUUUCCUGGUUCUCUGUGGCUGCUGAUAUUACCUGGAAGUAAGAUCCAGGGUCACUUUUCACUAUGUUAUUUGUUCCUAGGGAACUGUUGUUUGCCUUGAGCCACUGAGGGCUGCACCUGCGACACUGUGAAGGACUGCAGCAUGAAGCUAUGUGAUAUGUGUGUGGCUGGAAUGUGGGCAACGCUGACAUGUGCAGACACCAAGUCCAAUCAUCUCGUGAUAACCAUGUGCAGGACCAGGAUAUAAUAUAUAGCAGCCUUGUUGUCAACUUAGAUCUUUCAUCAUGGUGAUGAAUUUGGUGCUUUAUCUACCAGGCUUUGUCAAUGUUUCAUCUGUUAUAUUCUUAUUGAAAUCAGAUACUUCUUGGUUUUCUGUGCAAUAUGUUGUUAUUUUAGUUGUUAAGUUAGUCCUGGACUGAGCAAUGGCCUGUAUGGCAGAUCAUGACACUAUACAUAAGGCUACUGUAAGUCUUGAAAUUAAUGCAUCCCCAAAUUAAUACGACUGUUGAUCCCAAUCGUCUAUCCAGAGUGUGCAGUGAGGACGUCUUAUUGUUGAUAGCCAUUUUGGAGAAAUAAAUGCAAAUUUUAGCUAAUGCGUGCAAAAAACACUCGCAUUUUUCGCUUUAAAUUCAUGCUUACGUUAAUUUCAAGAUUUACAGUAUACACUUCUAGCAUUGGUUUUAUGUUAUUUACACAGACUUUUGUUUUCAACAUCAUUGAAAAUAAAUUGCGUUAAACUUUGCCAAGUUACUCUAACAUUAGUUUGUUUGCAAAGUAUGUUAUUGUAUAUGAUACUGUAUCAGACCUAACUAUCUAAAGGUUUUUAAUAUUUUAAGUAACCUAAGGUUGACAAGGCAGAUUUUCGUGAUAUCUCAUAUCCCUCUGUAUCACAUUAUUUCUCUGCUAAAUAUGACAUACAAACGUGUUGACAUAAUCCGGUAUUAGUCCUUGUGUUUGUUGAGCUAGGAACACGUGCAAUCUAGUGUCUACUUUAGUGUGCUGUAACAAGCACUCUACCCGAGCUGCUACACAGGCCGGGCAGCCAGGCAUACACUUCAGACAUGGUCUUGUGUCACAGUGUCUCACAACAACAGGAAGAAGGAUAUGACCACACGUUCAACUGACAAAAUAACCCAUCCCUCAGACUUUCUCCUGCUGAGAACAUUUGCUGUGCCUGUUGUCCUGGAAGAAAGUGGGUUGUCUGUCCUUGCCUAGCCAGCCUUAGUGUCACGCCUGUGUUGACGUCAGUAGGAUAUACUUGUCACCAUUAUAGACAAUAAAGAGAUCUAUUUUUCAAA